AUGAAUGAUGGAAUACCAGAGUUUGAUUUUAGUGACUUGGUUGCCAGGACUAAUUACGGUAAGAACGAUGAUGCAGAAGAAUUACAUAUUGUUGAGACAAAGGAUGAAGAGGCUUUAGAUGAUAUUCAAAUGGGGCAAGCUGUUGUCUCUGCGGGGGAGAAUGAAGAAGUCGUAAAGGAGCUUCCAGAGAUACAGGUCUCAUCAUCAACCUUAAAGAAACGAGAUCCGCAUAUCGUGCAUUUGCUAAAGCGUAUGAGUUUACAAUCGACAAUACUUUGCAUUAUCCUGCCAUUAUUUUCUUUGUUCAAAAUAGUUCUUUCAAGGCCACAGGGUGUGACACCAUUGUUUAUGUACUUCUUUGGGUUCUAUAUGAUCAUCUCACAAAUAUCGCUGUUUGGCGGUUACCAUAGAUUUUUUACCCAUCAAAGUUUUCAGACCCAUAUUGUCGUACAGCUAGCUUAUGCAAUAUUUGGUGGUUCGUGUGGAUUGGGAUCGGUGUUGCAAUUCACGAGUCAACAUCUGGCACACCAUCGUCAUCAAGACACGGAAAGGGAUCCACAUUCAUAUUCGGUUUAUGGUUGGCUAUUCUCGAUGUGGGGUCAUAGAUUUUUUUUGGGUAAUAGGAAGUCCAGAAGAGCAAUUCAGGAAUGCAGAAAUACGUUUGUGUCAACAUCAAUGAUGGUCCACAAUAAAAGGCUCAAACAUGAUGGCGAAAAAGAAGUAUUGCUACAGCCUCCAAAUCAUGAAAUUUUAAAAGUGCAGGAUGAAAACUAUGUUUCAUUGUUACUCUUGACAUUGAUUGUUAUACCUUGUUUGGUCGCAUUGUAUUGUCAAGUUCCUUAUUGGACCAGUGUCUAUUAUUUGGGGUUUGUUCGUAUGUCUAUUAUUCAACAACAAUGGCUUUUACUAGGAAGUUUGGGUCAUAUUAAAAAUUUACCAUUUGCAACACAGCCUUUUUCGAACAUAAGAUCUGCUAUAAACUUCCCAGUGACUUUUUUUUGGCAAUUCAUUCUGUUCGGUGAAGCAAAUCAUAAUUUCCACCACGAAUUUCCCUCUGAUUACACAGCAGGUUCAAGAUGGUAUCACUGGGAUCCCUCUAAAUGGAGUAUUUGGAUACUGUAUCAAUUUGGGUUAGUAAAUCAUCUUCACGCUACGAAUAGUCAACAAGUAGAAAAAUGUGCUUUGCAACAGCAACAAAAAUUGCUAGAUCAGGAGAAAUCCAAAUUGAAAUGGGGUAUAUCAAUUGAAAAAUUACCUAUUAUAUCGCCAGAACAAUUUUCCGAAUUGGCCAGACAGCAGUAUGCUAAUAAUAAGAGGGCAUUGGUUGUAAUUGAAGGGAUAGUCCAUGAUGUUACACCCUUCAUUCAUAAUCAUCCGGGUGGGACUGCAUUGGUACAAUUGAGUAUAGGAAAAGACGCUACACAGGCUUUUAAUGGGGCUGUUUAUUCGCAUUCUCAGGCUGCUAGAAAUCUGUUGGCCACAAUGAGAAUAGCAAUGUUAAGUUCAAAUGAGCAAGUCAAACAAACAGUAUGGGAGAAAAGGAUGCUGCAGCAAAGUCAAGACAACCAGCGCAGAAACAACCGACAAGUUACCUAUACACAAAAAAAUCAUUAUGCUGCAGGUGCAGCGUGA